GCUAAAACAGCGCGUGCAUUUAGACAGUGCUGCUUCCGCUUUUUGCCAGGGCUGGCAAAUAACCUGAGCCGGCCGCCCCCAAUCUUCUAUACCGACAAACUAUUUCAUAAAUUCUCCAUUAAAUUGUGUCAUCAUGGAUUCGCCGUUGAGUGAUGGCUCCCGAUCGCCUCAGCAACAAAAUCUGCACCCACUGGCAGAUUAUCAGUUCUCCGCGGAGGAGGUGAAGGCGUUACGUGAGUGCAACACCGAAUCCUUCCUCCAGCGCUCGCUGCCAUUUGGCACUGGUCUGGGGCUAUUGGCCUACUUUGGUGUGAAGAACGGCUACUUGCAGGGCAAUGGCAAAUACGGAGCUGUUCCCAAAGUGGUCAUGGGUGUCAUCCUGGGCUACUUUGUGGGCAAGUUCAGCUACCAGCAAAAGUGCGCUGAAAAGAUAAUGCGGCUGCCGAACUCCCGCCUAGGCGAAGUCCUGCGCCAGCGCCGACAGGGUGGUGGUGUCAUCAACACCAUCUCGCCAGACGAGAGUCUGACCCGAGCAUUUACAUUGGCUCCCUUCUCGCCCAGCUCCGCUGAUGUGUACACCGAUGAGGGACUCAACCCUUCACGCAGCACAGCUUUGAACUUGGACACUGAAUCACGGCCGACUUUGGCUGGCUUAGAUGACAUAUACCGGCCCAGCCUGGACUCAUCUGGCCAAAUGAUGGACACUGAGCUGCCUUUGGAACCGGCAAAGCCAGGACAAACUUACGAAGAUUUGCGCAAGAAGAAUCGAGAGGGGUACGCGACGCAUCAGCAAAGUCCAUACUCAAAGCCCUACGAGCCUCAGGCGCCCGUUCGGCAGCGUCUUGUCGAGCCAGCACCAGAAGCAGCCACUGGACGUCCGAAUAAAAAUAAAUAUGGCGACUCCUGGCAAGACUGAGCUACUCACCGUGUGCUUUUGUUACUGAUUACAGUCGCUUGUUGGAUAUAAAUACUGAGUUUGAUCGCCUUAAA